AUGCAACGACAAAAUCUAAUCAAAACUGACUUAAUCCCAUCAUUAUCCUAUAACUUACCAAAUUUGAACAUAUAAUAAGACUAUUAAUGGGAUUAAAAUCUCCCAGUUUUCGCUCUCAGCAUGCUAAAAAUCUCUGCCUCUCCUUUACCCCCUCAUCGUCAUCAUCAUCAUCAGAGCGCGCGACCCAAAUUCUCGAGUGAUCGUAAUCGGCCGGCGGCCGAAACCCUAGGAUUAGGGUUACUGCGGGAUCUCGUGAAAAGGAUCAAAGGGGAGAAGAAGAUGAAGGGGCUUUUCAAGCCGAAACCUCGGACGCCGGUGGAGCUCGUGAGGCAGACGAGGGAGCUUCUGAUUUACCUCGAUCGGAGCCCGGCGGCGGCCUCUAGCUCUAAAGAGAGCAAGCGGGAGGAGAAGAUGGCAGAGCUAAGUAAACUCAUUCGUGAGAUGAAGGAUGUUCUUUAUGGAAAAGGCGAAUCAGAACCGGUUCCUGAAGCCUGUGCACAGUUGACUCAGGAGUUCUUUAGAGAAAAUACUUUCCGCCUGCUAAUUAUAUGCAUUCCUAAACUAAAUCUAGAGGCUUGUAAAGAUGCUACCCAAAUUGUUGCAAAUUUGCAAAGGCAACAAGUUCACUUUCGGCUCAUUGCAUCCGAUUACUUGGAAAAAAAUAAAGAUCUUAUGGAUAUUUUGCUAUCCGGGUAUGAAGAUAUGGAUGUUGCUCUACAUUAUGGCUUUAUGUUGAGGGAGUGCAUUCGGCACCAAAGUAUAGCAAAGUAUGUUUUAGAGUCUGAGCACAUGAAAAAGUUUUUCGAUUAUAUACAAAUUCCAAAUUUUGACAUAGCAUCAGAUGCUUCUUCGACAUUUAAGGAGCUUUUGACGAGACAUAAAUCCACUGUUGCUGAGUUUCUUUCCAGAAACUAUGAUUGGUUCUUUGAAGAAUUUAAUUCGAAGCUGUUGUCAUCUCCCAAUUACAUAACAAGAAGGCAAGCUAUCAAGCUUUUAGGGGAUAUUCUAUUGGAUCGAUCAAAUGCAGCAGUUAUGAUGCGAUAUGUUAGCUCGAAGGAUAACCUUAUGAUCCUAAUGAAUCUUCUCAGGGAAUCUAGUAAGAAUAUCCAGAUAGAGGCAUUUCAUGUAUUCAAGUUGUUUGUUGCAAAUCAAAACAAGCCUCCUGAGAUCAUAACGAUAUUAGUUGCAAACAAGAACAAGCUUCUUCGCCUUUUUAAUGACUUCAAGUUGGAAAAAGAGGACGAACAAUUUGAAGCAGACAAAGCGCAAGUUGUCAAUGAGAUUGCCACGCUGUAACAUGGGAGAGACAACACUAGAACGAAUCCAGCAUGUAAAUUGUUCUCUCUUAAUUGGUCAAUGUCAUGAAUGCAUCGAAAUUAAGUUUCUUGUCUAUCCUCCCUCAUGCUACUUGUACAACAUCUUAGUCCAAUAAAUUUACUGUUUUGAAACUUCCAAUCUGUUUAAAUGAUGGAGGUUUCAUCGUUUUGUAAA